CAUAUUUAAGGCUGUAAAGCUUGUUGUUUUAGCACAUGGCAAAAUUGUGAGCUUUGCCAUACUUAAUACUAAAGGCUUGUUCAGGAGAUAUAAAUCUGACACUCAAUCCAGUGGGGAAAUGAUUGUCAGCAUUUUGAAUGAACUGGAGAAAUUGGACAUUGGCAGAACUGAAUCAUUCUCAGUUUUGUCUAAUAAAAGCAAGGUUUACUUUUUCCACAAACACGAGCCAUCCAACAAUGAACAACAGAUGCUAGCYUUUGCUCAAAAGAUUGCUACUCUGGGAAUAAGCUUGAAAGCUUACUCAGAUGCCUAUUUUGCAGAUGAUGAUGAAAGUAAAAAGCAUGAAGAAGAAUACCAGAGAAGGAAGGAAGGAGUUUCUCCUCCCAUGAAAAGGCCAAGAAUGGAUAAUGACUCCCUAUAAGA